UUUAAUUGAUGGCAGAUACGCAACUUUACUUUUAAUUAUCUGUAUUUUGUGUGUUCGUUGAUACAAUUUUUAACAUUUCAUAUUUCAAUUUUAUUAAAGUAAUUGCGAAUUUUUAUAAAGUGUAACUCGUGAACCUAGUUUUAAUAUUGAACCCGUUCGAAUCUCCGUUGGCGGAUAUCGAUUGUUUGAUCGUUGCGUUUCUAGCCGAAGAUACACGUUUGAAUCGAAAAAAUACCACGACGAAGAAUAGUGAUGAUUUUAUAAAAAUCCAUCUCGGUCGGUUUCGACUUAGCCGAGAGGAACGCUCAUCUCAAUAAGCGUUCGGUACCGGGCGCUUCUGAUUAAAAAGAAGACGAAAUGAAAAUGGUAUUGUCUCAACGUCAGAGAGAGGAGCUGAAUAAAGCGGUAGCCGAUUAUUUGCGCAGCAAUGGUUACAUGACCGCUUUAGAAGGCUUAAAAAAAGACGCAGAUAUGCCGGGCGAGGUUGAGAAAAAAUACGGAGGUCUUUUGGAGAAAAAAUGGACUUCAGUCAUUAGAUUACAGAAAAAAGUUAUGGAAUUAGAAACGAAAUUAUCUGAAGCCGAAAAGGAAUAUAUCGAGGGAGCUCCCACAAGGGGUAAACGAUUACCUACAGAAUGGAUACCAAGACCUCCAGAAAAAUUCAGUCUGACUGGACACAGAGCACCUGUGACUAAAGUUAUAUUUCAUCCUGUGUUUAAUGUUAUGGUGUCAGCGAGCGAAGACGCCACAAUUAAAGUAUGGGAUUACGAGACCGGUGAUUACGAGAAAUCACUUAAAGGUCAUACCGAUUCAGUACAAGAUAUCGCAUUCGAUAAUCAAGGCAAAUUAUUAGUUUCAUGUAGUGCCGAUAUGACUGUUAAAUUAUGGGAUUUUACCCAAGGAUACCAAUGUUUGAAAACUAUGCACGGCCACGAUCAUAAUGUAACCGGUGUCGCUUUUAUGCCAAAUGGAGAUUUUGUGAUUUCUGCUUCUAGAGAUAAGACAAUUAAAAUGUGGGAAGUUACAACCGGAUAUUGUGUUAAAACAUUCUCUGGCCAUAGAGAGUGGGUUAGACAAGUCAAAGUGUCACCGGAUGGCUCACUAAUCGCGUCAUGUUCUAAUGAUCAUACCGUUCGAGUGUGGUUAACUAGUACGAGGGAAUGCAAGGCUGAACUCCGUGACCACGAACAUGUAGUAGAAUGUAUCGCCUGGGCUACGGAUUCUUGUCGAGCUGCCAUUAACGAGGCUGUAUCGACUGAAAAUAAAAAAGGAAAUCAAGAAGGCCCAUUUUUGGUUUCUGGCUCAAGAGAUAAAACACUCAAAUUAUGGGAUGUAGGCAGUGGAGUUUGUUUAUUCACAUUACACGGCCACGACAAUUGGGUAAGAGGUGUGAUUUUCCAUCCUGCCGGUAAAUAUAUAUUAUCUGCUAGUGACGAUAAAACCAUUAGAAUAUGGGAUAUCAGCAAUAAACGUAAUAUGAAAACUAUCGAAGCGCAUUCUCAUUUUUGUACUUCUAUCGAUUUUCACAAAUCUCAACCCUUCGUUGUGAGUGGUAGCGUGGAUAAAACAGUCAAAGUUUGGGAAUGUCGUUGAACGAACUUGAAACAGAACAGAAUUCAAUUACAGAAAAGAAAAAAAAUCUCUACGGCUUUUUACAAUUUAUAUUAUUUCGCUGGCUGCCUCCCGUCACCGUUAUUAGUGCUCUAAUGUGUCACGCCUGAAAAAAACCGCGUUUUUAUGUUUAUUUAUUACUUUAUAACUUUUAAUCGAACACAGCAGUGAAGUUUCAUUUUUACGACGUUUUAUUUCGAUGUUUGUAUAAUUGGCUGCUGAACACAAAAUGUAAAACGCCUUAUAAAUGUAUUACAUUUUGUAUAAUUUUCUAAAAACAAAAACAAAUAAAUAUUAAAUUAAUGUAGUAAAA